AUGGACCGAGACGGCUUCUCGGUUAUCUCUCUCACGUCUCUGGGCUCGACUAUUUCCCAUCGUUUAUUGUCGGGCGCUGAAGAGCUGAAUGAGCUAAACACUGCGCUCGAGACUCCCGAUGAGCGAUUGGCUACUUUCGCGAGUAGACUGUAUCAGCUGCACCAGCAUGUCGGAUAUCUUGAAGCUGCGCUGAACAAUGCCAGUGCCAUCUCGGUGCGAUUCCAGACCACGUUGAGUCAGAGUCUUGGAUCGUGCGAUGUCGUCAGUACCGUGUUGAACAAGCAGGUUAUGCGCUUGCAGGCCGAGACGCUGGCUUUGCUGGAUGAGGUAUUUUUGGUGAUUUACAGCGAUGUUUUGCUGGCGCAUACACGACUAUUUGCCUUUUUUGCCAAAGAUGUCACUCUCGACUCCAAGAGUGGUAGAGAGGUCUUUGACCAUGUUGACAAGGCCUGUCAAAAGGCUUCGCAGACAAAAGAUAUUCUGCUUACUUCUACGUCGCAAAAUUACUCUCAUGCAUCAUCCAGCAAGGGACCUCUUCCAGGUGAUUUGGAGCCACCGCCGUAUGAACCCGUCCAUCCAUCCUCUUCCCAGUCGCCAAGUCUUGAACCGCCAACCUCACCUUUCACCAAGGGUCUGUCCUCGUUGACACACUCGUUCAAAGCCAUGACAUCGGGUCUCUGGGCGAAACCUGACCCCCUAUCUACAGCUCUCUGUCAGGCAGCUCUCCGUGGCGACGUCCAGCAGAUGAGCGGAUUAAUCAAGCAGGGCGCCAACGUCAACGGUCGUAACGGAGAAGGCAAUUCACCGCUGAACUGCGCCAUUCUAGCCAACCAAGAAGACGCUGUUCGGUUCCUCAUCGGUUCCGGCGCAGACGUCAACUCGAGGGAUAUGAAGAUUCCACCAGUCUUUCUGGCCGCAUCCGUGGGAAGCAUUGGCGUUGCCAAGAUGCUCAUCGCCCAAGGAACUUGGAACGCCAACGCGACUAGCUGGACCGGGCAGUUUUACUUUGUUGAUGUCUGCAACAGCGAGAACUUGGAGGGUAUCGAACUUCUUCUUGAGAACGGCGCAAAGCCGAACACGACGAACACCUCGGGACGACCGGUGCUUGCACAAGCUGUUAAAAAGGGCAACCUUGAGCUUGUGAGACUACUCCUCAAGUAUGGCGCAAACCCGGAUACUAGCGAUAUGUCGGGAAAUUCUCUCCUUUCGAUAGCGGCCAGCCAGGAUCGUAUGGAUAUGAUGAAGCUUCUUCUCGAAAGCGGCACAAACGCGAGCUCCAAGAAUUUGAGCGGGGUGUCUGUAUUGACGGAUGCCAUCAGCAAGAGGAAACUCGACAUGGCGCAGCUUGUCCUCGACCACGGAGCCAACGCGAGUGCUAAGGAUCUUGUCGGUCAUCCGACUCUUGUACUUGCUCUGCGUGAUAGCAAACUCUCACAGAAUGACAAGAUCCGAGCCGUAAAAAUGCUUCUGGACCACGGAGCUUCGCCAAACGUGUCGGAUGGGACAUGGGGCGUUGCAGCUGUCUGCUUUGCCAUGGAGACGGGUAUCACGGAGCUUGUGAAGAUGAUGGUGCAGACUGGAGCCAACACCAAGAAGAAGAUGAACAGCGGCGAGACGCUUUUACUCUAUGCUAUCGAUCAUGGCAGACGGGAGCAGGCGAAACUUCUUCUUGAAGCAGGUGCUGAUGCGAAUGCGGCGGAUAAGAAAGGGAGAACACCGUUGAUGCAGGCUAUUUCGAGGAGAGACACUGAGUUGAUUAGGUUGCUCAAGGCGAAUGGUGCGGAUAUGAAUGUUGGAGGGUGCAUUUCGCCUGCUGAGCUGGCGCAAUCGAUGGGCGAUCUCGAGAUCUUGCAGAUUCUUGGCUUUGGAUCAUCGCCUUCGCAGGGAAGAGCUGCGCGAGCACAUUCACCACCACCUGGAUACGAGUCGGCCAUGGGCAAAGUAUGA